GCGGGGCGCGGCGGCGGGCUGAGGAGCUAGCUGCUGGGCGGCGGCGGCGGCGGGUCGGGAGCUCCCCGGCGGGAGCGGCGUAGGCGCGGGGUCAACUGCCAGCGCGAACCUGGAUAUGGAGCCUCUCGGCGGGGGCCAGGGUCCCGGCCGCGGGACCCGGGACAAGAAGAAGGGCCGGAGCCCGGAUGAACUGCCUGCGGCGGGCGGCGACGGCGGCAAAUCCAAGAAAUUUACUCUGAAGCGGCUCAUGGCAGAUGAGCUGGAGAGAUUUACCAGCAUGAGAAUUAAAAAGGAGAAGGAAAAGCCCAAUUCUGCUCAUAGAAAUUCUUCUGCAUCAUACGGGGAUGAUCCCACAGCACAGUCAUUGCAAGAUGUUUCAGAUGAGCAAGUUCUAGUACUCUUUGAACAGAUGCUGCUGGAUAUGAACCUCAAUGAGGAGAAACAACAACCUUUGAGGGAGAAGGACAUUAUCAUCAAGAGAGAGAUGGUGUCCCAGUACUUGCACACGUCUAAGGCUGGCAUGAGCCAGAAGGAGAGUUCUAGGUCUGCUAUGAUGUACAUUCAGGAGUUGAGGUCAGGCUUGCGGGAUAUGCCUCUGCUCAGCUGCCUGGAGUCCCUUAGAGUCUCGCUCAACAACAACCCUGUCAGCUGGGUGCAAACGUUUGGUGCUGAGGGCCUGACUUCUUUAUUAGACAUCCUUAAACGACUCCAUGAUGAGAAAGAGGAGACCGCUGGGGGCUACGAUAGCCGUAACAAGCACGAGAUCAUUCGUUGCCUGAAAGCUUUUAUGAACAACAAGUUUGGAAUCAAGACCAUGCUGGAAACAGAAGAAGGAAUCCUGCUGCUGGUCAGAGCCAUGGAUCCUGCUGUGCCCAACAUGAUGAUUGAUGCAGCUAAGCUGCUUUCUGCUCUUUGUAUCCUACCCCAGCCAGAGGACAUGAAUGAAAGGGUUUUGGAGGCAAUGACAGAAAGAGCUGAGAUGGAUGAGGUGGAACGCUUCCAGCCAUUGUUGGAUGGGUUAAAAAGUGGGACCUCCAUUGCGCUCAAGGUGGGAUGCCUACAGCUGAUCAAUGCCCUCAUCACACCAGCCGAAGAACUUGACUUCCGAGUUCACAUCCGAAGUGAACUGAUGCGCUUGGGAUUGCAUCAGGUGUUACAGGAGCUUCGAGAGAUUGAAAAUGAUGAUAUGAGAGUGCAACUAAGUGUGUUCGAUGAGCAAGGGGAAGAGGAUUCCUAUGACCUGAAGGGACGAUUGGAUGACAUUCGAAUGGAGAUGGAUGACUUCAGCGAAGUUUUCCAGAUUCUCCUAAACACAGUAAAGGAUUCAAAGGCAGAGCCACACUUCCUGUCCAUCCUGCAGCACCUACUCUUGGUCCGAAAUGACUAUGAGGCCAGACCGCAGUACUAUAGGCUGAUAGAAGAAUGUAUUUCUCAGAUAGUUCUGCACAAGAAUGGGGCUGAUCCUGACUUCAAGUGCCGGCACCUCCAGAUUGAUAUUGAGGGGUUGAUUGAUCAAAUGAUUGAUAAAACAAAGGUGGAGAAAUCUGAAGCCAAAGCUACAGAGCUGGAAAAAAAGCUGGACUCAGAGCUAACAGCGCGACAUGAGCUACAGGUAGAAAUGAAAAAGAUGGAAAAUGACUUUGAGCAGAAGCUCCAGGAUCUUCAGGGAGAAAAGAAUGCCUUGGAUUCUGAAAAGCAGCAGAUUGCCACAGAGAAACAGGACUUGGAAGCAGAGGUGUCCCAGCUCACAGGGGAGGUGGCCAAGCUGUCUAAGGAACUGGAAGACGCCAAGAAAGAAGUGGCCUCUCUCUCUGCUGCCGCUGCAGCUGCCGCUGCUGCUGCUGCUGUUGUCCCUCCUAGCAGUGCUCCUGUCCCCGCCACCCCUCCUUGCCCUGGUGACUCUGGCGCUAUUGUCCCACCCCCAGCCCCUCCUUUACCAGGAGUGGUUAGCAAAACACCCCCAGCUCCUCUUCCUGGAGGUGGUACCAUUCCUCCUCCACCACCUCCCCCUCCUCUGCAUGGAGGCACAGCUGAUAUCCCCCCACCCCCUCCCUUGCCUGGGAGUACUGCUAGUAUCCCCGUACCCCCUCCUUUGCCUGGGGGUGCUGAUAUCCCCCCACCCCCUCCCUUGCCUGGGAGUACUGCUAGUAUCCCCGUACCCCCUCCUUUGCCUGGGGCUGCUAGCAUCCCCCCACCUCCUCCUCCCUUGCCUGGAGGAAUGCCUCCUCCCCCUCCCCCUCUUCCUGGUGGUCCUGGAAUCCCUCCACCCCCUCCAUUUCCUGGAGGUCCUGGAAUCCCUCCACCUCCACCUGGCAUGGGUGUGCCUCCACCUCUGCCUUUUGGAUUCGGAGUUCCUGCAGCCCCAGUUCUGCCAUUUGGAUUAACCCCAAAGAAGCUUUAUAAGCCAGAAGUGCAGCUCCGAAGGCCGAAUUGGUCCAAGUUUGUCGUUGAGGACCUGUCCCAGGACUGCUUCUGGACAAAGGUGAAGGAGGACCGUUUUGAGAACAAUGAACUUUUCGCCAAACUUACUCUUACCUUUUCUGCCCAGACCAAGACUUCAAAAGCCAAGAAGGAUCAGGAAGGUGGAGAAGAAAAGAAAUCUGUGCAAAAGAAAAAAGUAAAAGAGUUAAAGGUGUUGGAUUCCAAGACGGCCCAGAAUCUCUCCAUCUUUCUGGGUUCAUUCCGCAUGGCCUAUCAAGAAAUUAAGAAUGUCAUCCUUGAGGUGAAUGAAUCUGUUCUCACUGAGUCUAUGAUCCAGAACCUCAUUAAGCAGAUGCCAGAACCAGAGCAGUUAAAAAUGCUUUCCGAACUGAAGGAUGAAUAUGAUGAUCUGGCUGAGUCGGAGCAGUUUGGUGUGGUGAUGGGCACUGUGCCCCGCCUGCGGCCUCGCCUCAACGCCAUCCUCUUCAGACUACAGUUUAGUGAGCAAGUGGAGAAUAUUAAGCCAGAGAUUGUUUCUGUGACUGCCGCGUGUGAGGAGUUACGAAAGAGUGAGAGCUUCUCUAAACUCCUGGAGAUUACGUUGCUCGUUGGAAACUACAUGAAUGCUGGCUCCAGAAAUGCCGGUGCUUUCGGCUUCAACAUCAGCUUUCUCUGUAAGCUUCGAGACACCAAGUCCACAGAUCAGAAGAUGACACUGCUGCACUUCUUGGCUGAGUUGUGUGAGAAUGACCAUCCUGACGUCCUAAAGUUUCCAGAUGAACUUGCCCAUGUGGAGAAAGCCAGCCGAGUUUCUGCUGAAAACUUGCAAAAGAACCUAGAUCAAAUGAAGAAACAGAUUUCUGAUGUGGAACGUGAUGUUCAGAAUUUCCCAGCUGCCACAGAUGAGAAAGACAAGUUUGUUGAAAAAAUGACUAGCUUCGUGAAGGACGCGCAGGAACAGUAUAACAAGCUGCGGAUGAUGCACUGUAACAUGGAGACCCUCUAUAAGGAGCUGGGCGAGUACUUCCUCUUUGACCCCAAGAAGGUGUCUGUGGAAGAAUUCUUCAUGGAUCUGCACAACUUUAAGAAUAUGUUUGUGCAAGCAGUCAAGGAAAACCAGAAGCGCCGGGAGACAGAGGAGAAGAUGCGGCGAGCAAAACUGGCCAAGGAGAAGGCAGAGAAGGAGCGGCUGGAGAAGCAGCAGAAGAGAGAGCAGCUCAUAGACAUGAAUGCAGAGGGCGAUGAGACAGGUGUGAUGGACAGUCUCCUGGAAGCUCUACAGUCAGGUGCAGCAUUCCGACGAAAGAGAGGACCCCGUCAGGCCACCAGGAAGGCCGGGUGUGCAGUCACAUCUCUGCUGGCCUCGGAGCUGACCAAGGAUGAUGCCAUGACUACUCUUCCUCCUAAGGUUGCCAAGAUCAGUGAGGGAGUCUCCACCAUCCUUGAAGAACCCAAGGAGCUGAUUGGCCGUGCAAGCUAAGCUGCGUCUUGUGGCCACAGCAGCUCCCUUACUGGAGCCCCAGACCGUGUUGCCCUGCAGCAUGUGCCUCAAGGGUCACAGAAAUAUUCCUGGGGAGGGGGGCUGCCCCCACGACCCUGACCCUGUCUUGCUCUCUGUACAUCACACACAGCUUCACCGCCUGGAGGCCAGCAGGAAAGGGCAGCGUGGGGGAAGCCUGAGCCCAGCCCGCCCUGGCUGUCGUCAUUACCAAAGCAGGCUCCGUGUGUGCUGCCUUAACCCCAGCGGUCUUCUGUCACUCUGAGGCCUCGUCUCAGACGAGGUCCGACCUGCUUUCUAAACCCCAGCCUUUCCAGUAGGCUCUCACUUCGGUCAAUCUUGCUGGGUUCAUGCUUUUUCUUGUGUGGUUUCUCUAGCCCUGAGAACAGCAUGGGGCUUGUGAACCUUUAGGCUGUGUCCCUCCUUUCGUUGCUGUCACCUCUGCUCUUCCCUCUCCCGGUUACUGUUAUUUAUUACUAGCGGUGUGACACUGGGCACCGUGCCCAGAGAAGUGGGGAGGCAAACCCCACCCUCCCCAAACCUUCCUGGGAAGGGCUUCCCAAAACAAAAAGGACCUGGGCCACUUGAUCUGUUCCACGAUGGCCUAGGCCAGAGCCUGGGGACAGGCAGAGUAUAGAGACAUCGUGGGACCUGUCCCCAGCCUGCUGCCAUGUUUUACGACCCUGCCUCUGUGAACCCUCUACCCCUGCCCCAGGCUACUGAGCCAUGGUGUUUCCUCACAUCUUCCCCAGAGCUUUGGUGCAUCUCCUCUGGAGUGUGGGCUGCAUUGUGACCAUCCCAGCACCUCACCCUGUGUCUCCAAGGAAAUGGGAGGUGGAGCCUCCUGGCUGAGAAAUUGUUUUGCAAAUGGAUCUAUUUUUAUAUGAGAUUUUUUUUUUAAGAAAAUAACUAUCCCUUCCACCUUGCCCUCCCUAAUGCAAGAGGCUUUGAUGGCAGGUGGUAGGGUCCCUGGGAUUUCUCCCCACAAGCCUCAGUCCUGAACAAGACCCUGGACCUCCACCUCCACCCUGAAGCCUUCUGGGCCCUUAAAGGCCAGUGCGGAUUCUCUCUCCCUUCAUCCAGUUCUGGGGCAGGAGGAAGCCCUUCUGGUAGAGCUGGACCAGGCCUAGGAGAGGUGGGAGCUCUGAGACCACAGAGUUUUUAUAAAUUUAAUAUAUUUAUCAAGCCAAAUGUGCAAAUGCUAACUGGACACUGGGCAAGUGAGUGUUGUCACACAGUGUCCCCCUGCUCCCUUGUGAACAGCGGGCAGUCCAGACUAUCGUUGGCCCUGGCUCCACGAAGCUCAGAUUCUCUGACUUAAGGUGAUACUUUGCCCUCCUUUUGCUUUUAGCUUCCACCCCCAAGUAGGAGAGAAAAUGACACUGCUCUGACUUGACCGAGAAUUUAAGUUGUUGGAGCAAAGGGGGGAACGUAGGAGACCUGCGGCUUCGUGCAGGAAGGCCUCUGGGCCCGGAAUGAAGGCUCUGUGUGCUACCGCUGCCUGUGUGUGAGGGGCAACCGCAGCUCCUUUGAACUGUUGGGGGGGGGGGGGCUCCCCUGUGUCCCCUCCUCUUCCCUGCUGACAUAUGGGGCUUUGACCCUUUCUUUUUUAAUCUACUUUUGCUAAGAUGCAUUUAAUAAAAAAUAAAGACAAAACGCAAACCUGUUUCCCUUGCCUCUUGGGCUUCUGGGAUGUCAUCACCUCCAGUUCGGUGGGUAUGUUUCCAACUGUUAAUAAAGCAUUGAAACAGUACUA